GGUGGGGGGCGGAGAAGGGAACAGCCCCGCCGCCGUGCGCUCGCUGGGCCGGGCGGAGCUGCGCAAUCCUCGCAGCUGCGCCAGGACAGCGGCGCGGCCAGCCCACAAGUUGCCGGUGGCAGAGCGCCGCGCCGCGCCGCCUCCUCCAGCUCGCAGCCCUCCGCGCCCACCCGGUGGCGGCCGGCACCAGGACCCGCGACCCGCGGACCCUGUCCCCAGAUGUGAAAGUGGGAUACGCAGCUCCUCUCCCCUCGGCGCGAUCCAGAGUCUCGCCAGUGUCUCCGCCGCCAGACUCCACGGCUGGAAGAUGUGGCAGCCGGCCACGGAGCGCCUGCAGGAAUGAUGAUAUUGGCUUUCACUUAAGAAGAAAUUUAAAGCACUUUCAGACCAUGCUGAAGUCUAAACUGAAUGUCCUCACACUGAAAAAGGAGCCCCUCCCAGCUGUCAUCUUCCACGAGCCGGAGGCCAUCGAGCUGUGCACCACCGCCCCACUGAUGAAGAGCAGGACUCACAGUGGCUGCAAGGUCACCUACUUGGGGAAAGUCUCCACCACAGGCAUGCAGUUCUUAUCAGGCUGCACGGAGAAGCCAGUGAUUGAGCUCUGGAAGAAGCACACUCUCACCCGGGAAGACAUCUUCCCAGCCAACGCCCUUCUGGAGAUCCGCCCUUUCCAAGUGUGGCUGCAUCACCUCGACCACAAAGGGGAGGCCACGGUGCACAUGGAUACCUUCCAGGUGGCCCGCAUUGCCUACUGCACCGCCGACCACAACGUGAGCCCCAACAUCUUUGCUUGGGUUUACAGGGAGAUCAACGAUGACCUGUCCUACCAGAUGGACUGCCACGCCGUGGAGUGUGAGAGCAAGCUCGAGGCUAAGAAGCUGGCACAUGCCAUGAUGGAGGCCUUCAGGAAGACUUUCCACAGCAUGAAGAGCGACGGGCGGAUCCACAGGAACAGCUCCUCCGAAGAGGUUUCCCAGGAACUGGAGUCUGACGAUGGCUGAUCCGGCAAAGGCAGCAUUGGUUAAGGAGCUCAACGGGAGAGAUGCAUAAGCGACCAUUCAAAUUCGGGAUGAAAGACUGCAAAACCAUUGGCCGACCAUGCUUUUUCAACGCAGAUGAGCAAUUCUAAGUCUAAAGAAAUGUAUCAUUAAAAUAAUUACGUGACAUUGAAAUCUGCUGCUGCUGUGGCUUGGAGGAGGGUGGGCAUGAGGACGGGGAGGAAGGGGCUAGACAUCUUAGUUUUUCCUCAAGUUCCAACAUCUCCUGGUGGGAGAGCUCUGUGCCAGUUUGCACCACUCUCAGGCAAACAUUCUGCGGCUGCGAGUGACGGACCAUUCCCAUCUGCCUUAUGAGAUCCAACAGGAAGGCUUUGAGGCACUGCCGGGUCCCUUCAGGGUGGUGGGAGAGGGUGCUGAUGCUGGGGAGGCCGCAGGUGGAGGGAAAGCUCAGGACAAAGGAGUGGCCUCUCCCAUGCCACCUUCAGACUCUCCUCAGUAUGCACAUCAGCACAGCCUUCCUCCGGCUUUACCACUAACCACCCGGUAGUUGGCAGUUAAUUCACAGUUAAAGAUAGUGCUUUUAUUUACAUGAAUAUAUCCAGUAGUACCCCCUUAUUGUAUUCACUUUAUCUAUUUUCUUAGGAUACUUGCAGCUACUAAUAAUGCUUUCCCUCCUCCCACGCUGCCUGCUGUCUUUCUCCUGCUGGCAUCCCUAGAGGUAGGGAUUCUCACAGCCUGCCCAGCAGGACACCAAAAGGGAAGAAAACAAAGAAACAAAUGAAAUAAAUAAGAAGCAAACCAACCAGGAGUUUAGAAAAACAGCAAAAACCCCAGUAAAAGGCAAUGAGUGAGCAGCACGGGAACCAACUCUUUGGGGUGUCCUUUGCUCAACCCCGAGUCUGGCUGGCUUACUUGGCUAACAUCCUGUUGGAUAAAUCCUUCAUGGCAAGCUUCAGAUCUGAUUUGGGACCACCAAGCAAGCAUUGCCCCAUCAUGUAACAUGACAUUCAGACAGGGAAUAAGGUAGAUAAAUUUGACCUGUCUAGAAAACCCACGUCCACCUCCAAGUUGAGGCAAAUCUUAGCAACAAGUUACCCUAAAGUUGCUGAUGUCUGAGAAUUCCAGUUGCCCAUUUGUUCAUUAAUCCUCAUGAGAAAGUCUUGCUAAGAAAGCACAGACAUCUCAGUGUCAUGGAUCUUUAAAUAUCAUAAAGAAUUGACAUGGAAUGAAAUUGAAAACAUUUGUUAAAAUACAUGCAUUUAAAGUCAAGAACUGAUCCUUCAUUUCCCAGGUAGUAUUGCUCCUCGAUAGAAGUCUGUUUUUUUCCUGGUAAUGUUAGGGGCACCUUAGAAGCCUUAUAUGAGUGCUAAUCUAAUUCAGAGAGCAGUGGUGUCAACAUUUUGGUCUGUGUCCCUGUGUGUUUGUAUAUAGGUCUGUGUGUGUGUGUGUGUGUGUGUGUGUGUGUGUGUGUGUGUGUGUGUCCCUAUGUGCAGGUCUAGUCUUCGGGCAUGAACAAUAAGCAUGGAGUCAUAUUGAGGAGAGCUUGCCUCUUGAAGAAAUGCUUGUCGCUUUAUGACAUAUGUAAGCAAUUCUUUAGCAUAAAUGCAUUCAUUCUUUAAUAAAAACAUGUUUGUGUUAAUCUGAG